GGAUCGUACAAAAUUGCAACCUGAAACUCCCCGUCGCUUGUCGCCAAAUCAAUUCCUCCAGCAAAGUUAGUGCGGAUCAAAUUAUUCGCAAGCUGUUUCUUGACUGACAAUAUUACUAAUGAAAAAUCGGUAUUCAUCUCUUUGCUUCUUCUUUACCAUCAUCGAUAGUGGAUCAUAUUUGACCGGGGCGCGGGGAACUAUCGGGAUUUAUGGUGCCCGGACGGUUACAUGUUUGAUGUGCCGCGGACUGCACGCGAGAACCAGCUGCUGUAUAGCACGUUAUUGACUUACUGGAACGAAACGGCGUCCUCAUCCUACGCGUCACCGAUGAGUCGGCAGAAACGUGCGCAAAAAGAAGACAAACUCGCACGAGGCAUUAAUCCAUUUCGAACACUGCUGGAUAAACUGGCCGCGGCCGGGAAGCAUCAGAAGCGAGAUCACUACGGAGAUGAUGGUAGCGACGAUAAUGAAGGGAAAGGAGAGGAGGACCGCAAAGGAUGGUCACCAUCAUUUGGAUCGUCUUUGACAUCCAUGCCCCGAAGGGGAAACAAGGCUGCGAGCAGUGAUGACGGCGAUAAUAAGGAAUCGUCAUUGGAUAUGAGGCAGGCGAUGGAGUUAUCACCGCCUUCGACACCGAUUGCGGGCGCCCCCGACGGAGGAAUGAUUUGGAUUGAUAUCUCAAGUUGGCAGACUGCCGGGUGCUGGGUUCCAGGAGGCGUGCAUGGUAUCUGUCCGUAUCAGGAUCCCGAUAAUACUGUGGCCUUACAAGAGAUCAUUAAGGUGUCUACCAUUGGUGGGGUGAUUAUAUUGGGACUGGUGGGUAUAUUCCUGUACCUGAAAUGUCGUAGGAAUGUGAGACUCCGCAAGGCAAACAAGCGUCGUGCAGUUGUCAGGAAUAAGAUCAUGCGGACUGAGGUCGAAACUGUGCCGGCGUAGUUGAGCAGCAGAAUGCACAAUAAAAAUCUUUAUUCGCUCCUAGCUUUGUCUACUAAAGCGGC